AUGUACAACACUCAGCAAGAACUGUUUACUGACAUUAAGUCAUUUGAUGAAAAACAGUACAUUUGUAAAACCUGUCACACAAAAGUUUUGAAAGGGCAAGUCCCAUGUCAAGCUGUAUGUAACAAAUUACAUGUUGAUGAACUGCCACCAGAGUUGUCCAUUCUAGAGAAGCUUGAACAGAUUCUCAUAGCACAGAGAAUAGUGUUUGAAAAAAUAAUAGUCAUGCCCAAAGGUCGACAAAGAAAGAUUAAAGGUGCAAUCUGUAAUAUACCAGUUGAUUGUGAUCAAACAUGCAAUAUAUUACCACGUCCCCCAGAACGAUCUGGAAUAAUACUGUUGAAACUGAAAAGAAAAUUGGAAUUUAGAGGUCAUGUCUACUUUCAACCUGUGCGCCCACAAGUAGUACUUGAUGCUCUCAAGUGGCUAAAGACUAAUAAUCCCUUAUAUAGUAAUAUAGGUGUGGAUAUUGACAAUAUUGAUACAAAUCUCACAACUUUGCAGCAAAAUGAGAAUGUUUCAGAGCAGAAUCCAGUUUUGAAUACCAUAGGUGGUAUGGGUAAUACCACCUAUAAUGAGCCAAACCCUAAUGGUCAGAACACACCACCUGAUAAUGAAGCUGUGGAUAAUGAUGUUACAAUGACCAAUAUGGGUAAUACUACCUUAUCACGUGAAGAUAACAGUGAUGAUGAUAACACACCUGAUGAUGAAGAGAAAGAUGACCCUUUGAAUGAGCAUAGAGCACCUACAAAUGAAACAUGUUUUCAGUCUCUAAUACCAGAUUACCCUGUAACCGUUGAACAAAAUAAUGAGGUAUCGUCAGGAAAUGAAAUUUAUAAUAUCGCUCUAGGUGAAAACAAGCACCCUGUAUCAUUCAUGAUGGAUAAAAAUUGUGAAGAGCUAGCAUUUCCUGUACUUUUUCCAAAAGGUCAAUUUGGAUACACUGUUGAACGUGAAAUGAAAUUGUCACCAGUGAAGUAUUUCAAUGCGAGAUUGUUACAUUACAGCGGAAGAUUUGCAACAAAUCCAGAGUAUCUCUUCUUUGCACAGUUCAUCAUAGAACAGAGGAAAGUCUCAGAUAGUAUCAAUGUUGCUUUGAAAAAAAUUCAUGGCCAGUCCCUCACUGCUUCUCAAAUAAGAUCUGAUGCACAAAGUUUACAAAAUCUCAUUUUUCAAGAUCAAGCUUAUUUAUUUUUGAGACAAAUACCAGGUACACCUCCUUAUUGGCAAAAAUUCAUGUAUGAAGUAGUAGCUAUGGUAAAACAGCUAGGAAUACCAACUUGGUUCAUGACAUUAUCCUGUGCUGACCUCAGAUGGCCUGAGCUGUUUCAGAUUAUUGCUAGAACACAAGGCAAAAACCUCACAGAUGAACAAGUUGAUGCUUUGUCAUAUUAUGAAAGGUGUUCCAUGCUAAAUCUCAAUCCUGUUGUUGUUGCUAAACACUUUCAGUACAGAGUUGAAACAUUCUUCACUGAAGUUCUACUAAGUACAGCAAAUCCUAUAGGUAAAAUAGUGUAUCAUGCACUUCGUAUUGAGUUCCAGAUGAGAGGCUCCCCUCAUUUACAUGCAUUGAUAUGGACUUCUGAUUGUCCCAAACUAACAUCUGAGACCAAGCAAGAAUAUAUAGACUUCAUUGAUCAACAUGUGCAUGCCUAUCUUCCUAAUCAAGACCAGGACCCUGAGUUACAUGACCUAAUCAAAACUUAUCAAAAGCACAGCCAUUCUAAGACCUGCAGGAAAUAUAGAAAUGUUAAAUGUAGAUUUAAUUUUGGGCAAUUUUUCACAAACAGAACAAUUGUUGCAGAACCUAUUUCUGAUAAUUCUGAUCUAGAGGUAAAAAAAAAUACCAUGGAUAGAAGAAAAGAAAUCCUUUCAUUAGUCAAAGACAAAAUUGAUGAUGUUCUAAACCCAAGCAAGUCAAAUUAUGAUUCUACUUUGACUGAAGCUGAUAUUUUCAAUUCUGUAAACAUUACUGAAGAGCAAUAUUACUGGGCCUUAUCUAUUUCAUCUGACUCAGGCUAUGAACUGCACCUCAGAAGACCAAUAGACAGCUGUUUUAUUAACAAUUACUUCAUUGCUGGUAUAAAGGGAUUUGCAGCAAAUGUUGACUUACAGCCUGUCUUUAAUCACUACAAGUGUAUUACUUAUGUUUGUUCAUAUUUUACAAAAGACGAAACUGAAUGUUCACAGGCUAUUAUGAAUGCAGCAAAGGAGGCUAAGAAAGAAAACCUGAGCAUCAGAGAAGGUUUAAAGAAAAUCGGUGCUGCCUUCCUCUCCACUAGAGAAGUGAGCUCACAAGAAUGUGUUUAUAGAUGUAUGCCUGAACUAUGGUUGCGAAAAAUCUUCCCAGCAACAGUUUUUGUUAACACAAACCUACCUGAGAAAAGGAUACGUGUCACAAAAUCACACCAAGAGCUUGAAAACCUGGAUGAUGAAAGUACAGAUAUCUUUAAAUCUAAUAUCAUUGAAAGAUAUGCUAUUAGACCACAAACUAUUGCAUCAGUAGAUGAAUUAUGUCUAGCUGAGUUUGCUGCAUACUAUUACAAAGAUUACAGGAAAGACUAUCAAGAAACUGGUGAUGCUCAGCCUGAAGUUCUCACCGAUCAUGCUAUUGAAGUACAACACAAUUCUUCUGAUUCUGAUCUAUGUCUUCCAGACAAAAUAAGACUGAUAAAUACUAAUGAGGUAAUGAAAUGUAGAAAAGUCAGAGCUGUUAUAAGGUACCACAAGCCAAACAAAACAAAGGAGCCUGAAUUAUAUUUUCAUCACCUGUUGAUGUUGUACUACCCCUGGAGAGAUGAAACUCAUCUUCUAAGCACUGAUAAAACAUAUGCUUCCAAAUUCUUUGAACCUGCUGUACAAGCUGUAGUAGAACAAAACAGACAAAAUUUUGAACCUGAUGGAGAUGCCCUAAAUGAAGCACUUGAAUAUUUAAGAAAUAACCACAACAACAUCAUUCACUCCUAUGAUUCUCUCAAUGAUCAAGAAAAUGCAGACUUGCAUUCACAAAUCCAAGAUGAAUUGACACCUGAAGAAUCAUUUAAUAGCCAGUCACCUUCACAUCUUGCUUCAACAUCUAGUCAAACUGAUCAACAUUCAAAUAUAGGAAUAACAACUUACAACCAACCUGCAGAAAUUUCUGAUGACCAUCUGCGACAAUGUGUUAGAACCUUGAACAAAAGACAGCGGUAUGCAUAUGACAUUGUUCUAACUUGGUGUAGAAAUAAAAUGAAAAAUAUGAAUAGUCUGAAACCUGAAGAAGUAAAACCGAUAAAUCUAUUCAUUACUGGUGGAGCUGGUGCAGGAAAGAGUCACUUGAUCAAAACAAUAUACCAAACUGUCACAAAAACAUUUAGACAUGCUCCCAUGAAUCCUGAAUUACCCACAGUUCUUUUAAUGGCACCAACUGGUGUUGCAGCCAUUAACAUUGAUGGAACAACAAUAAAUACUGCUCUUGCAAUUCCUGUACUAACUGGUGACAAUGUACCUCCAAUGUCAGACCAAAAGAGAACACAGAUGAGAUUGUCAUUAUCUGAACUAAAGUUGAUUGUCAUAGAUGAAAUCUCCAUGAGCUUGUUGAUAUAA